AUGGCCACGCAAGCGCACUGCGCAUACUGCUUCGAAAGCCUCGUCGCAAGCCUGGAAAAGCGACCCGCUCUCUCCCUCGCUCAGGUUCAAAAGCUGUGGGCAAAAUACACAUCCGAACCUACCACGACUUCUGAACUCGAAGAUGAAACCGAACAAGAAGAAGCCGACCGCAGAGCCGCAGAGGCAUCACCAUACAAACCAGCCGCUGUAUCGCGUAUCCUAGGCUCGCCCCCCUCGUCAGCCAGCUCCUCGAGCAUACAGAGCGCAAGCUCCACGCCCAGCGGAGGCGCAAGCUCAACACCGAGUAGCCUGACAAGCCAGAGCUCCACGAACCUAGCUUCCGACGACGACGAUGACAACGACGACUGUACAGAAGAACACCCCCUCUUCGUAACCUGGAACACCGUAUCGUCCAAAUCCGGGGAAAAGAGACUACGCGGCUGCAUCGGCACCUUUGAAGCCCAACCCCUCACCACAGGCCUCUCCUCCUACGCCCUCACCUCGGCCUUUGACGACACGCGUUUUGCGCCCAUUACCGCGCGCGAGCUGCCCACGCUCGAAGUCGCAGUCACGCUGCUCACAAACUUUGAGAGCGUCGAGGAUCCCAUGGAUUGGGAGAUUGGGACUCAUGGCCUGAGGAUCUCGUUUACCGACAAGGGGAGACGGUAUGGCAGCACGUAUUUGCCGGAUGUGGCGCUGGAGCAGGGGUGGACUAAGGAAGAGGCGCUGGUUAGUUUGAUGAGGAAGGCUGGGUGGGGGGGCAGGAAGGCGGAUUGGGAAAAGGUUGGGGUCAAGGUGGUGAGGUAUCAGGGGAAGAAGGUGGCGUUGAGUUGGGGUGAGUGGAGGAGCUGGAGGGAUUGGGUUGACGAGGAGAUGGCGGAUGUGUGA